AGCACUCGUUGCACUUGAACAGAUAAUUACUGAAUUUAAAUAACGAGAGAUUGUCAAGAGACGACAGCUGAUAUUUUUUAUGGCAUAUUAGGGAGUAAUGGGAUUUAACCAAUAAGUGUCUCUAGAUAUUGAAACCACCCCAAUGGACGGCUUAUCGGUGUAUUUUUGUUUCGAUAAUUGACGGUGACCACUCAUGAUUCUUCACGCAUAUGUAUUUCUAUCCGAGACAUUUCGUCAAAGUGGGAAAAACAUUCGGUAUCUGUGAUCAAGCGGUACUUGUCCACCUGAUAAACCCGAACAAAUCUAUGAUGAGGGUUGUGGCACUUGUCAGCGGUGGUAAAGACUCGAUAUUCAAUCUGAUGCAGUGUGUUGCUGCUGGUCAUGAUGUCGUGGCACUGGCUAAUUUAUAUCCCGUUGGAAAGGAUGAGCUGGACUCAUUUAUGUAUCAAACUGUUGGGCAUCAAGGGGUUGAGUACAUGGGAAAGGCCAUGGGCCUGCCCCUGUACAGAGAACCAACCUUUGGUAAAUCAUGCAUGAGGGAAAAAUACUAUUCACCCACCCAGGACGACGAAGUGGAAGAUUUGUACAGGCUUUUAACUAAAGUCAAGGAGAAGGAAAACAUCAAUGCUGUUGCAUCCGGUGCUAUUUUGAGUGACUAUCAACGAAUUCGCGUUGAAAAUGUGUGCAGCAGGUUGGGACUCGUUUCACUGGCAUAUCUGUGGCGGAGGAAUCAGGAUGAACUUUUGAAGGAGAUGAUCGCUUGCUCUGUCAAUGCUGUGCUUAUCAAAGUCGCCUGUCAAGGACUCGAGCCCAAACAUCUGGGGAAGAGUAUCUCUGAAAUGCAGCACAAUCUUGGAAUUCUCAAUGACAUGUACGGCGUGAACGUGUGUGGAGAGGGCGGCGAGUACGAGACAUUUACCCUAGACUGUCCACUUUUUAUCAAAAGCAUCGUCAUCGACGAAUACGAGAGUGUGGUGCACUCUGAUGAUAAAAUAGCCCCAGUUGGAUAUCUAAAUUUUAAGAAAAUACAUUUGCAGAAUAAGGCUGGGGACCUGGAGAAUCUCACACUUCACGAGAGACUUAAGAAUAUUCCGGUGAAGACACCGUAUGAUUAUAUUGCCGAGAUUGUUGGCCCUGAGAUGCAGGAUGGGUGCAACUUCUCGGAUAAUGAGAAUGAUGAGACUGAUGGGGAUAGCAAGAGCCUCAAGUCGUCAAACUCUGGAUCUUUUAGUCCGCCUAGUCCAACGGAAUCGAAGUACGAUGAUGAGGAUUAUCCAGAUAUUCCAAUGGCCAAUAGAAGUAAGACUGGGUGGCACUGGUUCGGUGGCAUCAUAGGAAAAGAUAGUGAUACAAAAAUAGCAAUGGAAGAGGCACUCGAUAAAUUAAGCAGUCUCGUUGAGCACGAGGGUCUCGACAUGGAAAAUCUGGUCGGGGUGACGAUGUAUGUCAAAGAUUUGUCUGAGUACUCUACUAUUAAUGACGUUUACACAACGAGAUUACCACAUACGAAUCCUCCAGUUAGGGUAUGCAUCCAAUGUCCUAUCAAUGUACCUGUGGUCAUCGAUGCACUGGCCUACAAGGGAAUCCAUCAGAAUGACGAUGAACAGGUGCUGAAGAAACAUACGAUGCACGUUCAGAGCAUCAGCCACUGGUCCCCUGCCAGCAUUGGACCCUAUUCCCAAGCGGUUCGCAUCGGUCACAUCAUAGCUGUUGCUGGACAGAUUCCCAUGGUACCUGGUAAUUUAUCACUCCUCGAUAUGAACAUCAAGAGACAGUGUCGUCUCACCCUGAGACACAUUAAUCGCAUCGUCAACGCGAUGGACUCGUCGACGCAACUCAGGGACAUCGUCCAGGGGAUUUGCUUCCUGACGCAUCACAGUUACAUCGCAGAGGCCAGGAAGGAGUGGGAAAAACGUACUAAUAAUGCCAUUGUCGAUUACAUUGUGGUACCCCAUCUGCCACGUAAUGCUCAUGUCGAGUGGUGGGUUUGGGCGCACAGGGAUAAUAAUAGAUUUGAAUACGAAGAGACUGGUCGGUGUGUGGGGAAUUUCAAAGUGGCAAUACGGAGGAGGUGGAAUUAUGAGAACGAUGUUUCAGCUAUUGUUUGUUACUUGUCGACCAGGUCGUCCAAUUCGACUGGAAACUUGGCAACGGAAACAUCUUUAAAUUCAUCGGAAUUAACUGAUGACGAGCUGACUGAGGCCUUCGAGUAUCUCCUCGCUAAAUUAACUAAAGACUCGAAGAGUGAAAAUCCAACCUGUAAUUUACGUAUUUUUUACAAAGUCGCUAAUUUACCAGGCCCCAACAUGAUACGAAGGGUUCUCGAUAAUUUCUCAAAUCGUAACUUGGUUACGACAAUCGUACCAACGACACAUUUGCAUAAUUUCAGUACCUUCUUGUCUGUGUGCGGAGUUAGACACGAGUAAUUAAAUUACUCCUUUGAGGUUUUUAUUAUUCGCGCAAAGGAAAUGAUAAACUGGUCAAUUAAUUAUUUACACAAAGGAAUUUAAAUAGGGAUGAACAAAAAAUUGUACGUCAAACGUAUUUCUAUUUUUCGUUUUGUUAAUUAAUUAAUGCCGAUUACUGCGAUUAUUUGUCGAUUAUCUUGGGUACCUCGAAUGAGCUUCACUCGAUCAGUCCAAGAGGGGAAAAUUUCCCUUAUCUUUAUCGACUAGUCAAGAAUACUCCGAGAUGUUGGUCGCAUCGACACCUCUUUAUUCUUUGCUCAACGUUUCACUAUUAUCACUUUAUUUUUUCUCAUCUCCAAGAUUCAGUGGAGAUUUUCAAUGUCCCGAUUUUUAAUUGAAUAAAUACUGGAACAAGAACUUCGUGAUUCAAUGAACACGAGAAUGAACUCUUGGUAAAAAGAAAACGUUUCGAGUGCAGUUAACAUUCGAUUGAGAAUUAACUCAUCAACGCCAGGAAUAUAAACAUGUUGUGAGAGAAUACAUUAUGUGAAAAUAAAACGAGAUAUAUUUUGAA